UGCAGUACUAGUUGGGGGGUGGAGCAGUAGUAGCUGUCACCCAGCUUUCUGAGGGAGCGGCAUGGCGAUACUACAGCGAGCGCUGCGCCUGAGCUGGAGGACGAGCACCACAUGUGGCCUCAGCCUCUCCGCGUCGUGUGCCGCCAUCCAGAAGCUGACCCGCGUGCGGGUGGUUGAUAACAGCGCCCUGGGGAACACCCCCUACCACAAGCCGCCACGCUGUAUCCACGUGUAUAAUAAGUCGGGGGUGGGGAAGCUCGGGGACACCAUCCUCUUGGCCAUUAAGGGUCAGAAGAAGAAGGCUCUCAUCGUGGGCCACAAGAUGCCCGGUGCCUGCAUGACCCCGCGAUUUGACUCCAAUAACGUGGUUCUGAUAGAGGACAAUGGGAACCCGGUGGGCACCCGAAUAAAGACCCCCAUACCGUCCGCCCUGAGGCGGGAGGAGGGCAGGUACUCCAAGGUGCUGGCCAUAGCGCAGAGCAUACUGUGACGAUGGCGGCUGCAUCUUGUGGGGUGCAGAUAUGGACCCCGAUGUAAUUCACCCACACCGGCCCUGGGGCCCCCACCUCGUGAAGGUCUCUGCAGGGGAUCCUCAUCCUCCGGAAACGGGGAAUCCAGGACUUCAUUAAAUGGCAGCAGAUAUUUCUAGA